AUGGACCCCGGUCAGCCUAAAAGAACCCGACUCCAGUCGGAGCGGGAGGAGUGGCUGCUGACGCAGAACGGGGUGGCCGAAAGUGGUCCCACGGGGCAGAAACUAGUGAAUGGCGGCACGCACCUGGAUAGGAACGCGCAUAAAUCUGCGAGCGACGAAGAAAACGGGAUGGCCGAGAACGGCAGGAACGAGAACGGAAUGAACGAAAACGGAAUGGACGAAAACGGAAUGGACGAAAACGGAAUGGACGAAAACGGAAUGAACGUGGAAGAGCCACCGGAGGAAGACGAAUGCGGCGACGACGGCGGCUUCCGCGUACCGCUCAUUGGUGCAAGAUGGAAGAAACUCAUAGAGAGUCAACUAACAGAUCAUAAGGUGCUACCCACCUAUCCACAGACACACAUGGAACGUGGGUUCAACAAACAGGGGGUUCUCGCAGGGGGUCGUGGAUGUGCUGCGUUCUUCCAGAUGUCAAAAGACGUGGCCGUUCAAGUUGGCGAAGCCGCCAUGGCAAUUACGACCGAGAUUUUGGGCUUCAUGAUUUCGGACGAAGCCUGGUGGCAACUCGGCGACCCCCGCCUGGCGACGUCCAAGGGACUGGUAUUGGAAGAAAAGCAUCUGCGUAAUCCUCUUCACAUCCUUAUUCCUGCCCUUAUUUCCUCCCCCAGAGCCGAGGACGGGGCUCGAUUCCUGCCGUUCCUGAAUGGGGACAUGUGGGCCAGAAGUCUGAAUGAAUAUUUAUGCAGUGGCCGCGUUGGAGCGUCGGCAGGACGAGUACCCGUAUGGGUUAUUGUUGGAGUUGCUGCCGUUGGCCCGUAG